AUGGGGAACUCUCUUCUCAGGAAAAACAGUUUUAAGUGUCAGCAGACAACUCAAGAGGUAAUCUGGAAUCUGGGAAAGCAAGACUCCACAGGCUAUCCAAGUGGGAGCAAAUCCAACAUAAGAUUCCCCAUCCUUUUCCAGGAAAAGUGGAAUCUGCGAUUCCUAUGCUGGGACUGCCACAUGGCUGAAGGGUGUGUCUGCCUUCCAUGGAAAAAACUACACCUAUUUAAAACAAGGCAAAAUUCCCAAAAAGAAAAUGAAGGACUAUCGUUUUCUCCCACACAGGGGAACGCGGACCAGAGCUCCACAGAGGAUCUGUGCUACACCGUCAUCCAUCACAGUGUACCCAGGAGAAGGCCGUCCAGGAACUCUGCUGAGGAGUUCUACGAGAACAUUUCCCCCAGGCCCGAGAAACCCAGAGUGUUGUCGGAAGCAACCGAGACUGAGUACUCUAUUCUCCGGGUGACUUGCCCCCCAAGGCACGUGCCCUCUGCAGAAGAGGAAUAUGAACUUCACAUGCCUGAUCAAAUCUUCUCUUACUCCCCGCGGCACUCACACGUGCGCAUGCCUUCUUCUGAGACGCAGUUAUCCCACUUAUAA